UUCCCGUUACACUGAGAAACCGAAACAAUGUCUUUCUCAAAGAAGAUACAGGUGAUGGCUCAUAUAAAACAGCAAACUCCACGUAUGCCUUUGAAAUGAUCCGGUCUCGUGGUGACGCUGGGUUUGGUUCAGUUAAUGCGCAGUGAGUUCUGGAGGGACGCGCGCGUUCAUUCCCCUCAGGAGCUUCUGCUGGACUCAUUCAUACUUCCCUCAUUAUUUUCCGACAUGGACUGUUGUCUUUGUCGAUUGACUUCUGGCGCUGUUUGGAAACUGUAAUGAACAAGAGUUAACGUGACCAACAACAUGACCUCGUGAUUACUUUCCCCAGACAUCUUUGGACUUACGGUGCAUCGCGUUUUUCGGCAACUUCAUCGAAGAGAUUUCACGAAAAGGAGCGUGUUUGACUGCAAACUCACAACGGAGACAGGAUAAAGCAACAUGAUGAACACAAGGGAUGCAUUGUGUAGUUUGCAUGUGGUCGUACAGUGGGGAAAAUGAUUGCUGUUAAUACCGAGUGUAUAACUAUGGGGAGAAGAUGCCUUCUGACGUUCAAACCUUUCAGGAUUUUUGUGGCAGGCAUCGGCUUCUUCAGUCUGUGCUUCUUAAUGACCUCUCUGGGGGGCCAGUUCUCGGCCAAGCGGUUGGGCGAUUCCCCAUUCAGCAUCCGAACCGAAGUGUUGGGCGGUCUGGAGUCUCGUGGUGUCCUGCGAAAGAUCAGCGAUAUGUUGGAGAUCAUCAUGAAAAGGAUCGACACCCUAUCAAAGCUGAGCAACAACAGCGAGUCUCAGAGACUGGAGGAGUUGAGCUCUGCUCUCCACAGGUUCCAGCCGGUAGGUCUGGUGGAGCGGAUCCAGGCCAUCGCCCAGAAUGUGUCAGACAUGGCUGUACGAAUGGAGCAGAUUCUGAAGAGGAUAAAUAUGCCAAGCAGAGGCCAAGAUGGAGUUACGGGCCAGUGCGAGGUCCCCAAGGAUCCCGCGUACCCGGAUUGUGCCAGCAAAGUGGAUUGGAUGAGAUCCAGGUGGACGUCGGACCCUUGCUAUGCCUUUUAUGGAGUGGACGGCUCUGACUGCUCUUUCCUCAUCUACCUUAGCGAGGUCGAGUGGUUCUGCCCCCCCCUGGCCGGGAAGAACCACAGUUCCCAUCCAACUAUCAGCACCCCACCAAAGAGACAGGCAUUUCUCCGCUUUGAUCUGGCUGCGCUGUUGGAGCGGGUCGGCUCAGGGAAGGAAUCUUUAAGCUUUAUGAGGAGGCGUAUGCGCAGAUUGGCCGUGCAAUGGGCCGCAGCCGCACGCAGACUUGAUGAGCGCCUGCGCAGUCAGUACAGAGAGCAGAAGAGGAUCUUGAUACAUGUGGGCUUUCUAACAGAGGAAUCUGGCGAUGUUUUCAGUCCAAAGGUGUUGAAAGGGGGGCCACUUGGAGAGAUGGUUCAGUGGGCUGACAUCCUCACCACCCUUCAUGUGCUGGGUCAUAACCUCAAGAUCUCACUCUCAGUUAAAGAGCUCCAAGGGGCCCUUGGUGUGCCUCCGGGUAGAGGAAGUUGCCCUCUGAUUGGUCCAUUGCCCUUUGACCUCAUCUACACAGACUACCACGGACUGCAGCAGAUGAAACAGCACAUGGGCCUGUCAUUCAGACAGCACAGGUGUCACAUUCGUGUGAUCGACACCUUCGGGACAGAGCCAGCGUACAAUCACGAGGAGUACGCCACACUGCACGGCUACAGGACCAACUGGGGCUACUGGAACCUGAACUGCAAGCAGUACAUGACCAUGUUCCCACACACUCCUGACAAUUCCUUCAUGGGUUUCGUGACUGAGGAACUAAAUGAGACGGAGAGACUCAACAUACAGAGGGACAAAGCCAACAACAUAGCAGUGGUUUAUGGCAAAGAAGCCAGCAUGUGGAAGGGUAUGGAGAAGUUGCUGACGAUCUUGCAUCGGUACAUGGACAUCCACGGUACAGUCUACUAUGAGGCGCAGCGCCCACCAGAGGUGCCUGCAUUCGUGAGAAACCACGGAUUGCUGCCUCAGCAGGAACUACAGCAGCUUCUGAGGAAAGCAAAGCUCUUUAUGGGACUCGGCUUUCCCUACGAAGGCCCCGCCCCUUUAGAGGCCAUAGCCAAUGGCUGCGUUUUCCUGCAGCCGAAGUUCAAUCCUGCUCGCAGCUCCCUAAACCACGAGUUCUUCAGAGGAAAGCCCACUUCCAGAGAAGUAUCUUCUCAGCAUCCUUAUGCUGAACAUUACAUCGGCAAACCCCACGUCAUAGCCGCAGACUUCAACAACUCCGAGGAGUUUGAGGCAGCCGUUCGAGAAAUCCUCAAUGUCAAGGUGGAGCCCUUGAUACCCUUUGAGUACACUUGUGAAGGGAUGCUGGAAAGAGUGAACGCUUACAUUCAGCAUCAGGGUUUUUGUCAACAAAGUCGUCCAUUUCCUGCGGUCAAUGAGUCCAGAUCAUGGCCAGGGAAUCCACCCAGCCCUUUCGUCCAGCCGUCAAACUCCACAGCUCUGAUCUGGGCUCCCAACAUCUCUGCUCCGGCCUGCUGGCCCCCCCUCAGAGCCCUCCGGCUCUUCCUGUCUCCAGAGGACUCGUCCUGUGUGAAAACCUGCCAGGAGGCCGGUUUCAUCUGCGAGCCAGCUUUCUUUCCUUUCAUCAACAAUAUGGAAGCCUUCAGCGGGCUCGACGCUCGCUGCGAGUCGCUGGAAGCGGAGAAGAACCACGUGUUUCCAGCGGUACAGGUGGAAAGGAGAGAAUGUUUUGUGCAGAAGGACCCGCUGCUGUUCAGCUGCGCCGGGUUCAGUUCCAAACACCAGCGCCUUUGCCCCUGCAGAGACUACCUCCAGGGCCAGGUGGCGCUGUGCAGAGACUGCCUUUGAGACGUCUGCGGUUAACCGAGGCCGGUCCUGGAUUGUAAAACAUGCAAGUUUUCCCAGAAUCACCAGGUUAAUGGGAACUCCUCGGUCGGGGCUGUUGGUUCAAGCAUGAAGCGCCCAGAGAAUUGUUUCUAUUUGCACUUUGAUCCAAAGCGAAAUUUAGCCUCCGGAGUUCAGAUUAACGUUUCCAAAGAAAGAUGGCACCACGAUGUCUUGGCUGGCGGUGGCUUUAGGGUUGAGUGGUGUGUGAAAGUGGUUCAGGUGGAAAAUAAAUGCAAAUUGCAGUUGUGAGGGCGCAGCUCCUUUGUGAUUCAGGUCAGACUCUAGAAGCUAUAGUUUUAGGAAUGCGUCGGAAUUGCACAUGUGUUUUGAAGUCAACAUGAAAUGGCAUUCGCAACCAAUUUACUUCCGUAUUGUGCCGUAUGUCCAAAUAAAAUGGGUUGUUCGAUUUAAUUUGAGUGUAGAAAAUGAGCAACGUACUAAAACAGACCAAGAUUUGAAUGUGUUUGCAGUAUUCCUCUCAAGAAACGAAGCAUGCACCAGAUUUUGAGGAGACGUUCAUCCUCUAAAUCAUCUUUAUUCCAAAACCUUUUCAGUACUGUUCUUUGUUUUAACUGCUGUAACCUUUCUUAGAUUUAAAUUACGCAGGCAUUAGCACUUCAUCACAACAUAAAAACGAUAAUCUCAAGCCCUCCAUAGAUAGCUCUUCGGCUGUUUGUUAGCACUAAAGCCCCGUUUAGACCGCCAUUGACACCCAACACGAGGCAAUGUCAUUCAUUUCAAUUGUAGCCUAACGACAGUGAGCGUUUGCGACAUGAAGCUGGCGUGUCUGGCAACUCGACAAAGUUGAGAUUUGCUCCACUUUAUGCAAAUUAUGAAAGACUAUUGGUAGCAACUACCAAUAGCAGCGGAGCUCAAGUCAUCCGUCUCUCACCUGUUACUGCAGAGUUUGCUUACAAAUGUUUCUAGGAACGCUUUCUAACAACCUCGUAGCGAGAGACUACGCUCUGAUCGCCUCAUAAAUAGCGGCCUGUGCAGCUUAGAAAACAUCAGCCGAAAAACUGAAACUUGUUUCUGAAGUAAAUGGGAUCAAUUCUGAUUCCAUGUUGACUUGAAGUUUGUGUGGAAAAUAGAAUAGAUUUCUACUUUCAAAAUAAAGUGGAAACGAAUGGAUGUGAAUGAUGUACAAAAAGCCAUUGCAUUUACCUAUUUCAUAAACCGGAUUGUUUGUACAAAAUAAAAUUUACUUUUAAAAUCUUCGCGUUGCAUUUUCGCUUCUGCCUUUAGAAU